AGUUCACUGAGCAAGAAAAACAGAGCAGAACUAACCACUCAAAGAGAAGUGUUGGAAGGCAUGAGGUGCGGUCCUGGACAACAGCCACCAAGCGAUCCUUGUGUCUCAUGUGGCAAAAAGUGAAAGUGCAGCUAAUGCUAAGAAUGUCUUUCCUCGUCACUAUUUUUUGGUAUUGCAGAAGGCUAUACAGCUUUUUAGCACAGCUACUGAAAUGGUGGAGCAACUACCUUCAGAGAAAACUCAUAAGGAAUCUCAGUGUGCUGACAGAAGUUGACCUACUUGGUUAUAGUGCGAGAGAAUGGAAAGGGGAAACAAAGCCAGCCAAACACAUGAGGGAGGCAUAUGAAGAAUUGUUUUGGAGCUAUCACAUCAAAUAUCUGCGACAAGUCAGGAGGGACAACUAUUGCGUACUAAGAGCAGUGCUUUUUCAGAUAUUCAGCCAAGGCAUUCCUUUUCCAUCAUGGAUGAAGGAGAGAGAUAUAUUAAAGCUCCCUGAAAAGCUUUUGUAUUCUCAAGGUUGCAACUGGAUUCAGCAAUACAGUUUUGGGCCAGAAAGAUACAUGGGUCCCAAUGCCUUUGGUAAAUUGCGCAAAUGUAUGGAGACAUUAAAGACAAAUUGGACUGAAAUAAGUGCUACUAAAGAUCAUGAAGAAAGAGGAAACCUGUGUAAUACACUCUUUUCUGAUGAGAGCAAGGAGCACAAACUGUAUGAGGCCAUAAAAUUCAUCAUGCUCUACGAAGUUGUCGAAGCCUAUGAGCAGAUAAAGAACAGGGAAGAACCCAUACACAACCUUUUUAGCCUUCUCUUUGCUCGUGAUUCCUCAUCUGACCCUUUGAGUUUCAUGAUGAAUCAUCUCAACUCCAUAGGUGACUCUAUUUGCCUAGACCAGGUUGAACUGUCUCUUCUUGGAUACUUACUUGAAGUAAAGAUAAGAGUUUACAGACUGCAUAGGUUUAAUACUGAGGAAUUUCAAGUAAACUAUCCAGAUGAAUACCGAAGGGAAUGGAAUGAGAUUUCUCUCCUGACUGAGGACGACCGCUACUAUCACAUCCCCCUUUUCAGAACAUGAAGGACCAAUGACUAUUUUUUUUUCCUUUGUAUAAUACAGUGAGUGACCAGUUCCAGUGAAUUAGGUUUCUAAUUGGCAGCAGUAAGAUUUUGAGAAUGCUUGUUAAUGAUUACAAAAUGAUUUGUGGUUUUAUUGUGUAAACAUUUUGCUUUCCCAUUACAGCUCAAUUCACCACCAGUCGG